AAAGUAUUUAGUAAGUUUAAUUUUGAAAAUUCGGCGUCAAAGGUCAAAUUUAAUUUGUGAAAUAGCUUGCGUUUGAUAAAUAAAGGACUCGCUCGCUGUCACAUCUCGUGUAACUGUAAAAGAAAUAUCCGAAUUAUCUGUAUCUAAAUUUAAUAAGUUGUCGGUAACCAAACAAUGCUAAAAUGUUGGAUCUUCAAGUGUACGGUGUUAUUUUGAUAGUUGUUCUCUUUUCAUUGGGCUCCAUCCUGUUGAUCAGCAAAUUGCCGCGUGGCAAGACCUUUGACGAAAUGUUGGAGGAACAGCGGCAAUUCAAGGCCCAACUGCUAGCUGCCUCGAGCCAAAGCGAGAAGGCCGCUAGCGGCAACAAAAAGGACAACAACAAGAACAACAAUAACAAAAAGGGAAAGAAUCAGCAGAAAAAGGGAGGAGGCAAAAAGUCACCAGCGGUUGUGAAUAAGCCGAAACAGGAAACUGAAGAAUCGGCUGCAGAGGUUGAAAGUGAUACGGAUUCAGAUCGCUCGGGACCCGAAACAUCGCCAAUACAUACGAACAAGAGCAAGAGAGACGUCAAUGUGGACUUUAUUGAGACUGAAGCAUUUCCACUUGCUGAUCAUAUUCCAGCCAAAAACGCCAACAAAGGCAAGAAGAAUAAGAAGGGCGGAAUUUUGGUCAACAAAUCCGAGCACCCAUUGGUCAGUUCCGAAAUGGUUGCGGAAGAGGCCAAUCAUUUUGUUGAGCUACAUCCCAGGGAUGCCGUAGAAAUUCAUCGUUUGCAAAGUUUGGAGGAGGCUAACGAGGCAACGUUGCACAAAAAUACGCGCAACUUCAAGGAUAAGAAAGGUCGCAAAUACACUCCACCAAUCUCUCCAGUCAACCAAAUUAAGGACAACAAGUUGGCCGAAGAAGCCGAAUCUACUGCAAUUGCCGAACAACCAGCACCAGUUAAAGAAAAGCACUCCAAGAAAAAGAAGGCUGAAUCUGUUGCCGCAGCAGUCCAUGUCCCUUCCAAGGACACGAGCGAUUUCCAUCAUCAACAAUUCGACGAAGACACUGUUCGUACAGUUUUGAAGACUUUGCGUAGCGCCGAAUUGACACGCAACGAAAUCCAAAUCUUGAUUGAUUUUUUGCUGAACAAGCAACAUGAUACCACAGCAAAAGAUCCCACUGAAUGGACUGAAGGCAAGUCUGAUGUCAUGCAAAAGUUGAAGAAGCAACUACAAGAGAAAGAAAAGCAAUUGUUGGACGAGCAGGAGGCUUCCAAUGCCUUCCAAGCGAAACUACGGGAAUUGCGCUCAGAGAUCAAUGCUGAAAAGUCCAACUUCAAUGCGACCAUUAAGCAUCACAUUGAAGAGCUGAACAACAAGAAGAAAGAAUUGCAAAACAUCUCGUCAGAGCUUCAUUACUCUAAAGAAAAACAUAAUGCAGAAAAGGUGGCUUUGAGUCAACAAUUGCAACAAUUACAGUCCAAAUUUAUGCAAAUGAAGGGCGAAACUGGCGCAUCACAAGAAGCCAUUCAAAAGUACCAACAACUUGCCGUCCAACAUGAACAACUAAAACAGGAACUCAUCGACCGCAAUACCGUUCUUGCAGAACUGCAACGCCGCGAGAAUGAGCAACGUCAAUUUGUCGAUGGCUUGCAAAAAACUCUGGCUGAUCGCGAACAGAAAAUCGGAGAAUUCGAUAGGGUCUGCAAACAGAAAGACGAACAGUUGAAAUUCCUCGACAGUAAGUCGCACCAAGAGCAACAAGUACUACGUGCUGAACUGGAAAAACAACGACUAGCACUAGAGCAACUAAAACACCAAUUGGCUGAGGCCCAGUCCAAAACCGCUAACCUAAAUCACUUGGAUGACGCAAGCAAAGUUGAGAUGAAAAAUCUGCAAAAUGCCUUAGAUUCGUCACGCAAAGAAUUGAAUAGCUAUAAGACACAAUACCAAGAAGCAACGCAAGAGCUCAACGAUCUUAAGCAGAAAUCAGAUAAGACGUCCUCAGAAACAGUAGUACAGAUUACUGAAAUGAAAACUAUUAUUGGAAACUUGAAAACAAACUUGAUUGAAAAAGAAAACAAACUUGAUGAAUACGAAACGCUAAUAAAGCGACUAAAGCACGAAGAAGACGUUUUGCGCAGCGAGUUAGACGAACAAAAGACGAAAAACAAUGAUUUACGAACGAAGAACUGGAAACUAAUUGAAGCGUUACAAGCUGCUCAAAAUAGUUAUAAGAGUCCUAGUAGAAAUAAUCAAGUUGAUUCUGCAACACGGGCAGCUGAAACAAAUAUCGAACAAAUUAUUGCCGACGAACAGAAUCGAACGAAGGAGACGUUAGUAAAACUCAUACCGGAAUUGCCAUCUAAUGGUCCAACAGAAUUCAACAAAUGGUUAGAGUUUACAACUAGUUUCCUUAAGAAAAAAUUAGCAGCAUCUACACAAAAUAGUAGUAGUAAUAGUAGUAAAGUAAAUAAUUCUCACAUGAAUGGAAAUGAAUCAAUUAGUAGCAGCACUUUUUCAAGUGAUACCAAUAACUGUAGUGAGGCAUUGUUGUUGCAGAAUGCUCAAUUGCAAAAAUCAUUAGAUGACUACAAAAAUAUUGUUGCUGAUACGGAAAAAGUCUUACGAAACCUUGAGGCCAAAGUAACCGAAAGGGAUUCAUAUUGGCAGGCGGUAGUUCAAUCAAAGGAAGACGAGAUUUUGAUCCUCAAAAAUACUGCACAAUCAUGAGCUGGUCUUCUCCAUAAUGAAAAUUAGACAUCUGAUAAAAUUAUAAGUAAAAUUAAAUCACUAUUAUUAUUAUUAAAGUAACUAUCAACCGUAAUAAAUGUUUAAUUACAAUGGAAUAGCUAAUAAUAGGAAACAAUUCAAGCUAAUUUAAGAAUAAAGUGCAUAUAACUUGUAACCGUCAUUUAAAAUUAAAAGAAAAAAACUACCUAAACCUACCUAUUUAUAUUUUAUAAAAAAUACUUUACAAUCAAUAUUAAAGAACAAAUACAAAAAGUUAUUAUUUUCAAGACAUUUGAACUUUAUAUGUUUAAAAUUUAUAUGUUAAAAUCGGUAAUAUUAGCAGUGAGAACAAAUAAAAUAUGUUUCUUUUAAUUACACUACCCCAUAAUAAUAUACAUGUAAUAAAUUAAUAUAAAAGGAUAAACAAAAGGACAGCACAUAAUAAUUCCUAUACUUACAAACUUCAGUAUUUUCUCAACAUUUAUCUGCCCAAGUGCUAAAUACAGUUUCCCUCACUCAAUAUGAAAAAGCUAUUAUUAUAUGUAGGUAAAAAUAAGAAAUUUUUUAAAAAUGCCCAUCGUUUUAUAUACUCAAAAGUAAAUUCUAUGAAGUAUCAACACUACUUAACUAGAAGAAAAAAAAAACAAUACAAAAAUCUAUUUCGCAAUGAUAAUUCAAAAGUGAUAAGAAAUAAGACCUUAUAUUUUUUCCUGCUUAAAUCUCUUACUUAUCUUUUCUCAUUUACAUCAAAUAAGCGUGCAAUAAAUGUAAAAUGCAUACCUAUAUAUAACCAUUAAUGAGAAACUGAAAAAUAAAUUAUUACAUUAACAGAAACAUGAGGUAAACUCUAGUACGUAUUGUACAUAACAAAGACAACUAAAAUACAGCAAAUAAGAUGGCUAACUUGAUGAAAAUGAUAAAGAUGCAAGUAAAACAGUUAAAUUAAAUUCCAUUAAUAUCAUAUUCGUGGAGAGAAUAACAAACGAAAAUAAAUAAGAGAAAUGCAUAAAUAUGUAACGGACAUUAUUAAAGUAGAAAAGAAACUGAUUAAUAAAAAAAAUAAAUAAAAAAACAAUAUUUAAAUA